AUGAUACAUGAGACUAAGGAAGCCCUACAACAUGCUUUUAAGAUCAAAGAUUUAGGUGAAUUGAGGUACUUUCUGGGAUUCGAGUUUGCUAGAAGUGCUGCAGGUAUCCUCAUACACCAAAGAAAAUAUGCCUUGGAGCUUAUUGCAGACAUGGGACUGGCAGGGGGAAAGCCAGUAUCAACCCCAAUGGAGUUAAAUUUGCAGCUCACUACAACUACAUAUGAUGACCAUAUACCAUCUGCACACAAUGAUCCUUUACUUGUUGAUCCCACUAAAUACCAUAGAUUAGUUGGCAGACUGUUGUAUCUUACAAAUACUAGACCAGACAUUUCUUUCACUGUAUAA